AUGCAGCUCACGCAUGUCUGCUACUGGGGUCCGGGUUCUUCGGCUGCAUUCCUGGCCCCGUGUCUCAAGUACAACUGGAUCCUGCGUUCAUUCUUCAAGCUCCAGUGUCCAAUCGCCAAUUUUGUGGUCGCGAUGCUUUAUAGACUCUUGCUGCUCGUCGGCCUCGACUAUUCCACCAGGUCGCUGUCGAGCUCGAUCGAGACACGCAAGAGAGAUCAAAAGAAUAGGAUACUUCGUGCAUUACAUCGCGAUCUUGGGUACUCCCCGACAGCUCCGUCGUCACCCAUUGACCAACCCGCCUUCAACACCGCCUCGGCCCCCUUUCGAAUCUAUGAACGGGACUCGGACGAUGGCAGCGAUCACAUCUCGACGUACGCUCUCAGCGCAGAUUUGAAGGUAGCCACUGAAGCGAAGUGGAACAACGAGUUGAUGUACAGUCGUGUGAUGCGCCGCACCCACGCAAGCCUGCGCUUGCUUGGCCAGGGCUUGCACGGGCUGCGCAUCCUUGGUCGCGAGCUGACAUCCGAAGCGCGCAUGAUCGCUCGGACCAUCCGUCGUAUGGUGGUCUUCUUCCUCGGAGGUCUUAUGAUCACCGCCGAGACUGGGGCUUAUACUCGCAGUCAAGUUGGGCUGGACAGGGGGUUGCCGUUUGACCCCAACGGUGGAUCACGCCCCGAUGAAAUACGCCGUCACUCCAAGGCCAAGAUUCACGAGACUCGACAGCAAAUGCUGCACGAGUCGCUAGCUGGGUUUGUACACCCCAGCCGAUCAAGCAAACACUCAUAAGCCCUUUACUGACUGUAUAUCGUGUCUAUAGGCUCGAUGUCCCCGACUUGACUAAGGCACCUUCGAGCUCAGGUGGAAAAAGAGUAUCCUUUUCGCAACCGAGUGGACAAUACGCUUGGGACCUGGACGUUCCACAGCCGAUCCCGACCGGAAUCAUCACCGAGGCGACCUCUUUCGUGACCCCGGAGGAGGCAAGCUCGUCGUUGCCUUCCGAUAGCGACUGGCCUGACUUUGGUGCGCGACGCCUCGCUCGAGUCGCCGAGGACCAGUUGGACCAGUCGAUGCGAGAAGAGUCCCCCGGCUUUCAAAGCACCCAAGGCCAAAUUUCUUCGCCCAAAGCUAUUGAGAAAGCCUCUACUCCCGAGAUGCAUGCUGUGCGACACCCCGCCGAGCCGUCUGACGCCGCCCAAGCCGCUCUGCCUUCCAGUCGCUCGACAGGGGUCACCGUCGUCGACCAGGGUGACCUCGGGGUUCGCAUGGGACCCGGACCUUUCCCUCACAGCCCGUUCGAGAUCGAAGACGAGCCCAGCGUGAUGAAAGAAGCCUCUUUCAGCAAAACCGGUCGUCUCCUAACUUCGCACGACCCUGUGACCGCACCCAGCCGUUCUUGCCAGGCUCUCCGCUCGCGUGUUGCUUCGGAGUCGAUGCAGCCCCAGACCAGUGCGACCGGUAUGACUCGCACGGCCAGUCGAUCUCCCGAGUUUACGCAUCAACUUGCGCUCUUUGGAGGAGCCACCAUGGUGCACGAAUCGACCGGAUCUUACUCGAGUCAGGGCUCGCCCAUCUCGCCUUCGCAGCCUUGGCCCACGCUUCGUCGCGCCAGCGAGACCAUCCUCGUUGAAUCAGGUCACGAAGGCAUCAAGCCGGGAACGCCAGUGCUCGAGGACGCUCCCUUUGAAGUUUCAUUUGCUGCAGCCGCGCAAGAGUCCGAGAACCUGGCUCGCCGCACCAGUCCCGACACGAAGGGUAAGAAGAAGAAGAAGAGCAAAGCAUCGCACAAGCUCGUAUAG